AUUGAAUAAAUGCACAAUAGUUACUUUCCCAACCACCAAGUACAUCUCUCUCCUUCCCUCCAUUAUAUAUAGACCACACUUUCUCACUAGUUUUCUCAUCCUUUACUACCACAUUUUAAGUUUAAUAUUGAUAUUGAACAAAGAAUGGAUUCCAAAAAGACAAUGCUCAUCCUUGGCCUCUUGGCUAUGGUGCUUCUUAUCUCCUCAGAGGUGUCAGCAAGGGACUUAACCAACAAGGAAGCUGUUGAAGAGACUAAUGAUGUUAAUGAUGCCAAAUUUGGUGGUCAUGGUGGUCAUGGUGGGAGUGGUGGUCAUGGUGGUCAUGGUGGUCAUGGUGGUCAUGGUGGUCAUGGAGGUGGUGGCCAUGGUGGUCAUGGAGGUGAAGCUGUUGAAGAGACUAAUGAUGUUAACGAUGCCAAAUAUGGAGGUUACCAUGGUGGGAGUGGUUACCACAAUGGAGGUGGUAGUUACCACAACGGUGGAGGCAGCGGUUACCAUAAUGGAGGAGGUUACCACAACGGUGGAGGUUACCAUAACGGUGGUGGCCAUGGUGGUCAUGGAGGUGGUGGCCAUGGUGGUCAUGGAGGUGGUGGCCAUGGUGGCCAUGGUGAAGAUGUUCAAAACUGAUAUCAUCAAGAUGCACUUUCUUAAUUACUACAUUAAAAUAAAUAUCAUGAUGAUAUAAUGUUGUGUUUGUUAAGAAAGGUAUAGAUAGACAAUGAUAUAUCUUGUUGUGUACUAUAUAUUCGGUCUUAAAUAUAAACAAAAGUCAAAAUAUUUUUGGUUGAAAUAUGAACCAAAUGCAUUUAGAUUUUUACUUAUAUUUAAAACGAAUGUAUUGUCUAUCUUGCCACGUUAGUAUAAGUUUCAUAAGUGGAAAUCAUGUAUAUAUAUAUAUGCAUCACACUAUAUAUUUGUGGUGAUGAGCUUUUAAAAAAGUUGGAAUGUGUUACGCUGAAAA